UCUAUGGUAAAUAAAGAGGGGAGAUUAUUUUAUCCUCUGUAUAAUAGUCAUCAACUUCAAACUUCAACCUAAAAUAAUUAUUGUUAUUGGUAUUUAUUUAAAUACGAAAUGUUUAUUAACUCCAGUGUUUCGCGAUAGAUUUGAGCGGUUAAAACUUAGCGGCUGUUGGUCAUCACAGAAUACACACGUUCAGUGCAAAGGUCAACUAAUUUCAAUUAAAAUCGUCAGUUGAGUUUCUAUUGUGCAUACUUCUAAACAAUCACCACACAAUGGAUAUAAACUUGCUAAAAAGCUCCCGUACAGCACAUCUAUGUUUUGCCAUGACCUUUUUUUCAUCGGGGCUUAUUUUGAACCUGAUUCAGGCAGUGUUUUAUCUGGGACUCCGACCUUUUAACAAAGCCCUGUAUAGGAAGAUUAACUGGUACCUUUGCUACAGUCUUUACUCUCAGUUAGUUUGUGUAGCAGAAUGGUGGGCAGAUGUAGAACUCCUUCUCUACAUCGACAAAAAGGAUUGGGAGACCUAUUUUGGAAAGGAACAUGGAUAUUGCAUCAUGAACCAUUCAUAUGAAAUUGAUUGGCUGAUGGGAUGGAUGGCAUGUGAGAAAAUGAGGGUCUUAGGGAAUUGUAAGGCGUAUGCCAAAAAAGUCAUCCAGUACAUGCCUGUUCUCGGAUGGGGAUGGAAGUUCUCCGAAUUUGUAUUUUUGGAACGGUCUUAUGAAAAAGACAAGGAAAUCAUCAAUCGACAAAUUAAAGAACUAGCUGACCAUCCGGACCCAAUUUGGUUGUUACUUUUCCCGGAAGGAACGAGAUUUACCCCGAAAAAGCACCAGAUUUCCAUUGAGUUUGCGAAUAAAAACAACCUUCCAGUUCUCAAACAUCAUCUCCUACCCAGAACCAAGGGAUUUGUGGCAAGUUUGGCUUCCAUGCGAGGCAAAGUGCCUGCUAUCUAUGACACUUUGGUGGCAUUCAAAGAAAAUGAUCCGGUGGCUCCCACCAUGACAAAUCUGUUAUUUGGAAAGCGGGUUACAGCUCACAUGUACAUAAAGAGAUGCCCCUUGGACGAGGUUCCACUUGAAGAACCAGCACAAGAAGAAUAUUUGCGACAACUCUUUGUUACGAAGGAUAAAAUGAAGGAGAGUUUCCUAAAUACCGGGGAUUUCUUCAAAACCUCAGGAGUUGAACGUGUGGAACCUUGGCAGCCUGAGCGCAGGAUAUGGCCGUUGCUCAAUCAAGUUUUCUGGCUAAUUAGCAUUCUUGUGCCUUUGUUGUAUUGUCUUGUCAACAUGUUUAUCAGUGGACAAAUUCUUUACUUUACUAUUGCAUCUGCGCUUAUAUUGACUUUUUACAUGCUGCUGAAAAGAACAAUUGCCAUGUCAGAAACGAAACAUGGCUCAUCGUAUGGAGGGCAGAUCGAUCAGCAGCAGUCAACCAAGACUGAAUAGGAAGAAUUCCUUCGACAUUGAGCACAAUUGUGACAAGGUAGACAAAAUUAGCUGAAUUCUUGUGUUUUUAUAGAGCACACCUACAAGUGGGCAGUUUAUGUUUGAAUAUUUAAUCGGCUGGAUUUUUUAUGUUCAUGUGCCAACCUGUUUAUUUCACCCGAAUCUACACAUACUCAACUCUAAGAACUGCUAGCUUUGCCCAAUGAUUCAAAGAUCCAACUUUAUGGGAAUUUUCUUUUUUAUUGCACUUAAAUAGUUUUAUGCUAAUUCAUGUACUUAUCCACUUGUGCGCUCUAGAAUUCGUAAAUAAUAAUUAUAUUAUGGAUACUAAAAUAUAGCAGGUUAAGUUUAAAGUAACUUUUGUGGUUUCAAAUUGCUUGCGUAAAAAGAUUCUGGUUCUGACAAUUAUAGCGUACUUAAUUAAUAAUAGUGUUUUAAGCCUGAUCAUAUUUGCAUGUCAGGAUAACAAACUUUCACUCAAGAAUGUAGUACGAUGAGCACAAGUGCACAAAAGCUUGCGUAUAACAGAAAGCGAAUUUAUACAGAUUCCUAACAGCAUUCGAUUUAAAUUAGAGAGUCUGAAGCCUUAGCUCUAUAUAAUUUGUGGUUUAUUUUCCAAAGUUCUAUUUUUCUGUUUUUUUAGGGGAAGUGAAUUACUAAUUUAUACACUAAUUAAGUUUGUAGUUGUUUAAUUAAUAAAAAAAAUAACAAGCAAAA